AUGUUGGCAGUGCCCCGGCGACCUCCCGUCCCGGCCACGCCGCGACCAGUGCCCAGCCGGAGCGCUCGGCCUCCGCGGCCAUGGGGGACGACGUGUGCGGUGCCGCUGUUGCUCAGUUGGCUCGCAAGAGCCGCGGAAUCCCUGCAGCACUUGACGGUGCCGAUGCUGAAACAACAGCUGCGGCAGCGUGGGCUGCCGGUGUCCGGCCGCAAGGCCGAGCUUGUGCGGCGCCUGAGCGCCGCGCCGAAGGACGAGACGGAGGAGCUGACCGAGCUCACCGUGGUGAAGCUUCGACAGCGACUGCGUGAACGAGGCUUGCCGGUGUCGGGCCGAAAGGAGGAGCUGAUCCUGCGGUUAUCCUGUCAGCUUCGUGGCGGCCGCUCCGCGACGCCUCAGAGGGACGAGGCGGGCGAGGAGCUCUCGCUGUGGACAAGGCAAAGUCCCAACUGCUUGGAGGAGGAGCAGUUCUCACUGCCAACCGGCAAGUGGCUUAGAGGCGUGGUGCGCAGCGUAAUGACCUAUGGCGUUUUUGUGGAGCUCGAGUUGAAGGGUGGCUCCACGCUUUGGGGCUUCAUUGCGCCUGAAAAGUUGAAGCGGCAACACCAAAGCUGGCGCGGCGAGGAAGGAAACUUGAAAGCUUAUGUGAAGAAAGACGCCUUGAAAUUGGCACAGGAGCUGAAAGUCAGAGUUUUACCUACUAGCGCUAUGAGCCUCAUGGGGCAUGUUGGCUGUUCAUGGUCUCCAGCAUUUCGAUGA